AGAGGAAGAGAGAGAGAGAUAGGAAGAGAGAAAGAGACAGAGGAAGAGAGAAAGAGACAGAGGAAGAGAGAGAGCGAGAACAGGAGAGAGAGAGAGAGAGAGAGAGGUAGAGAACAGGGAGUUUAGCUCCAUCACAGAUGGACGGUGUGGUGUGAUACUGGGAUACUGUCAGGGGCAGAGAGCUGAUUGCCUCUGGUUCCAGCUAACUGGGUUCUCUCGGAACAACAGCUGAUGGGAUGUGCUGUGCUGGACUGCAUUCAACAACGGACAACAUCACACCUGGGGCUGAAGUCCCCCUACUCUACCUAGGAUUGGCUUUCCUUGUCCGAGCCUCAACUAGCAUUCGGUGACGUGACAUACUCACAUACACACGUGUGUUUGUGUGUGCAAACACACUAACACAAUCUCUCAGACACAGGAGAAACGUGGUUCCAUUGUGAGUUGUGCUGCUGGAUGAACACUGGAUGGAUAGAACAGCGAAAACAUUGAGAAGAGACUGACGCACCACGGCACACUGUCCGAGACACACAAAAGCCCACUGAAGCCUGCACUGAGGAAUUAUCUGCUGUCAGGACCUGAGGCUGCACGGGGGCGAUAGGGAGAGACGGAGCCAGGGAGCCAGGCUCGGGCCACCACAGGGUGACGGUGCCGCUGUGCCGGAGAGGAGGGGACUCGAAACUCGGCGAUGGCGUCCUCCACCAUGCAGAUCCUCGCCUUCGCCCUGGCGCUGCUGGGCGUCCUGGGCGCCACCGUGGCCACGCUGCUGCCCAACUGGAAGGUGAGUGCCGACGUGGGCUCCAACAUCAUGACCGCCAUCUCCCAGAUGCAGGGGCUGUGGAUGGACUGCACCUGGUACAGCACCGGCGUGUUCAGCUGCACCUUGAAGUACUCCGUGCUGUCGCUGCCCGCCUACCUGCAGACCGCCAGGACGACAAUGGUUCUGUCGUGCAUGAUGGGUUGCCUGGGCCUCUGUCUUGCUGCCCUAGGGCUGAAGUGCACCCGCUGGGGGGGCAGUCACCGGGCAAAGGGGCACGCGGCCAUUGCCGCGGGGGGUUGCUUCAUCCUGGCUGGCAUUCUCUGCCUGGUGCCCGCUUCCUGGUUCACCAACGAGGUCAUCACCACCUUCCUGGAUUCCAACGUGCCCGAGAGCAGCAAAUACGAGCCUGGGGGGGCCGUGUACGUGACCUUUGUCUCUGCCGGCUUCCUGCUUGCCAGUGGGGUCAUCUUUUGUUUGUUUUGUCACAGAAAAAGAGACUACACCUCCACCUCCACCUCUACCACCUUUCCUGACAAACUACUGCAGCAGCAGAUAAACCAGGAGCAACUACAGCGCGAUCUGAUACAGUGUGACCUGAUACAGCGCGAGCAACAGCAACGGGAGCAGAAGGACUUUAAACAGCAGACGUCGCCUAAUGAGCAGUCGAGCCAGGAGCAGCUACAGUGGGUUGACAAAGGGUCCCAGGGUAAGGUCCAAGCAGCUGACGAUAUCCAGCAGGAGAAGCCUCUACAUGAAGACAAGGGAACACAGCAGUUCUACUCUCCAUCCAGAGUCCCUCCAAAAGACACCCUGGCUGGCUACAGCCUGCAGGACUAUGUUUAAUAUGUUUAAACCCUAAACCCUACUCUUGUUAGUGGGGUGGAGGGAGAAUCCUGAGGACAUUCUACUGGCUGCCUUGUGAAGGGGAGAGAGUGGAGAAAGAGGGGGAGGAAGGAUGGGAGGAGGAGGGAGAGAGUGGAGGGGAGAAAGAGAGGGAGGAGGCUAAUGACGUUGACAGCCUUAUCGCCACCUCUCAUCUGUUCUCUCUCGCUACUGCGAGCACAAGCAGUAAAGGUAUUCCCAAACUAUUGGAGAAAGACAGCUCAAAUGUGGAUCCAGAUUCCUGGGGCAAAUGCCUCCUUGACUGCUGUUGUGGUGGGUGGAAAGACACAAGGGUAGGGUAGAGUAGAGGUGCCAUAAAAAUGCACAAACACAGCACAAGUACUGUCAAUCCUGUGACAAGUUCCUUUAAAAACUGAUGCGGAGGCUUUUCCAUACCAAAGGUUUCAAUGGGAAACAAGUGCUGAUGAUAACAAACUGAUAAUAAUAAGCCAUCAGAACGUUUGCAUAGUAAGAUAGUGUCGAUAUGUCUGGAAAAAGGAAGGUGUAAAAGCCAUUCUUUGCAAUCUUGUGUCCUUUUUAUAACCCAUUUGCCUUGUGAGACAAAAAAUAAUCAUCAAUCAUAUUUUCCAAAGCUAAACGGACUGAUUGAUAUUGAGUCUUCUUUGCAUGCUAAUUAUCUGUAGCUUGUUAAAUAAUUCAGUGCAAUGCAGAGUAGUUACUGAAACAUAGUUACCAAAGCUUGUGCCUAAAAGAAUGUGUAGAACUUCAACUGUCUGUAAAGGAGACUUAGAGAAGAUUAACAAAGUGAAAAGGGAGUUCAGAUUCCCACCAACACCAUACACAAACAUCCAGUCCAUUUUUUCCUGCGAGUUGUGGAGGGGAAUAAGGUGCAUGGCAGCGCAGGCUGUCAGAGAUAAUGAUCCUCUUUGCUUUCCCAUUAUCCCCUCGCUACGGCUGGAUGCACACUACUCAUUUACGCACACCCCCCCGCAUGCACACACACACACACACACACACACACACACACACACACACACACACACACACACACACACACACACACACACACACACACACACACACACACACACACACCCUUGUCCUUCCUCUCCCUCCCUCUCUAGCUGCGAGGGUAAUAGGGUCUUGUACCCAAUCAUCUUUACGGCGUGUGUCCGUGUGUCAUUGUUGCAGGAGGCACAGCGGUAGGAGUCUGUUCUGUGGCCAGAGGUUAGCUGUCACAAGCUGCUGUCCCCUUGUGUUGACGGAGGGUAAUAGAGGCUACGUCCCAAAUGGCACCUUAUUCCCUAUUUAGGGCACUUCUUUUGACAAGGGCCCAUAGGGCACUACAUAGGGCAGGGUUCCACAAAAAGCGGUGAUUUUAUUUGGCUCCCCAAGUUUUCUGAGACAAAAAAUAUAAAUCAUUUUCGUAGUUGGAAAUAAAGAUGGUAAAAUCGUCAGAAUAUCUGAAAAUAAUUCCCUGCAUUCCCACACAUGUAGACCCACUGGGCACAAUGGAAAAACAAUGUCACAUUUUUGGUUUAGUUGUCAUCUAAAUGUGUUAUCACUGACUUUUCAAAUGCAAUAUAGUAUCAUUGAUGAUACAGUGCAUUCGGAAAGUAUUCAGACCCCUUGACUUUUUCCACAUUACAGCCUUAUUCUAAAAUGUAUUCAAUUCUUUUCCCCCCUGAUCAAUCUACACACAA